AUCAACGAGGUUUCUCCAGUAAAACAACUUUACUUUUGAGCCAGCCCGUCUUUAUCAGCUUGAGAUAUCUUGUUAACUAAGACAAAUAAUUCUCAAUUAUUUGGUCCGUCCAUCUUUUCCUAUAUAACUUCAACCCCAUUUCGAAAGAAUACAUUUUACAGCUUCACUUCUACUCUUUUCGUCUUAAUUUCAGCUUUUGGGUUUUAAGGUGUGUGUCUUGUGAUGGCGGAUGCUAAAACUAGUACCUUUGAGCUUAUUGUGAAGCAAGGGGAACCAACUCUGGUUCUUCCUGCUGAGGAGACAAAGAAAGGCCUGUAUUUCCUUGCAAACCUUGAUCAGAACAUCGCGGUGAUUGUUCGUACUCUUUACUGCUUUAAAUCAGAUUCAAGAGGAAAUGACGAUGCUGUGGAAGUCGUCAAGAAUGCCCUGUCCAAAUUACUCGUUUACUACUACCCACUUGCGGGGAAGUUAACUAUUAGUGUAGAGGGGAAGCUGAUAGUGGACUGCACAGGUGAAGGUGCUGUUUUUGUUGAAGCUGAAGCAAAUUGUACUAUUGAAGAUAUAGGAGACACGGCAAAGCCCGAUCCUGGGACUCUUGGUAAGCUGGUCUAUGAAACUCCUGGAGCUCAGAACAUACUUCAGAUGCCUCUCCUGGCGGUUCAGGUGACUCAGUUCAAGUGUGGAGGAUUUAUUAUUGGGAUGUCCAUGAACCACUGUAUGUUAGACGGGAUCGGUGCUAUGGAUUUUGUGAAUUCCUGGGGUGAAAUUGCCAGAGGCUUGCCUCUAAAGGUGCCUCCAUCUCUUGAUAGAACCAUACUGGAAGCCCGAAAACCACCAAAGAUAGACUUUCCACACAACGAAUUUGCUCAGAUUGAAGAUAUAUCAAAUACCAGCAACCUGUACGGAGAAGAAAUACGCUACUGUUCCUUCCUUUUUGACCCGGAAAAGCUUGAAAAACUCAAGAAAAUAGCCAUGGAAGAUAGAAAGCUAAACAAAUGCACAACAUUUGAAGCUCUCUCAGCUUUUGUGUGGAGAGCUCGAUGUCAGGCAUUAAGCAUGAAGCCUGAUCAACAGACAAAACUCCUGUUUGCUGUCGAUGGACGACCAAGAUUUGUACCUCCAUUACCCGAAGGUUUCGCGGGCAAUGGGAUUGUAUUGACAAAUGCGUUGUGUGCUGCAGGUGAUCUUUUGAAAAAUCCACCAUCAUAUGCGGUUGGAUUGGUUCAGAAGGCUGUUCAAAUGGUUACUGACAGUUAUAUGAGAUCGGCUAUAGACUAUUUUGAAAUAACAAGAGCUAGGCCCUCUUUGGCUGCAACUCUUCUAAUCACAACUUGGUCUAGACUUGCUUUCAACACUAUAAACUUUGGAUGGGGAGAACCCGUUUUUUCGGGUCCUGUGGCUUUGCCUGAGAAGGAAGUAAUUCUGUUCCUAUCUCAUGGUAAAGACAGGAAAAGCAUAAAUGUGCUUUUGGGUUUGCCAGCUUCUGCCAUGAAGAUAUUUGAGGAACUCCUGCAGAUAUGAAGUUAACCAAAGGAUUGAUUUGAAGAAUAAAUUACCAUUAAAUAAAGGGUUAUCCGUUGCAAAAAUAAAAUAAAAUUGUUCAGACUGAGUAAACUUCAUGCCUAUGGUAUGAGUGGAAGGAAGAAGUAUAACAAUUCAGUCCCAAGAGUGAGAUUGGAUUAUGCUGCUUUGAAACAUACUGGCAGUUGAAGUACAAACUCAUGUCUUCCGGAUCUGUUUAUCUUGCAAGUUUAUGUAUUAGUUUUACUGUCUCAAGUUCGAUAGUUGU